AUGACGUCACUUUCAAGUCAACUCCAGUCACUUCGCACAGCUACAGCUCAGCAUCAGACGGUUGAAAGGCGGCAUGUUUCGCUGUUGUUCGCCAGAAAGGAGGCUGAAACACUUGACAGAGAAACUGUUUAUAAUAUAGGCUGUGCGGGUUUGCGGAAGCUGAAGCAGUUGGACCCGGAAAUCGCAGCUCACAAUGAUCUUUUCGAUGAGUCUCGGCUACAUUUCCAGCGUUCCAUGAUAACAAAUGAGGAGAAUUUGGCACUUAAUGAGAAAAUUGAGAAGCUUCUGUUCCAGCUCUCCCCAUACGUAGAGCAUUUUGCUUGCCAGCAAAUUUACGCCUACAACGCAGAGAGCAUGAUCCUGACGUUUCUUCCAUUCCACGAAACUAACUUUUUUGGUCGCAUGUUAUCUAUACUCGAGUACAACUUUUCGACAUCAAAGGAUUGGGCUUUUCUGGAGGGUUUUUGCAAAAAAGAAUACCCUGUUCCAUUCAGUGCCAUUGUAAAGAACACACUUUCAAGUACCCAUUCGUUAAUUACUCGGAUUGGUGAUCAUCUCAACCGGGGAAUCCAGUUGGUGGGAGAAGAAUUCUUGGAAAAGAGAUGUCAUAUGUUAUUCACAUUCUACACGAAACUUCUUAUUGCUGUCCUAGAGGAAUCCACAAAGAUUGACGAUAUGUUGCUGGCUAAAAUUAUCCCGCUUAUCGCUAUUGGGUUGAAAAGUGCUCUUCCAUCCUUCCGCCAGGCAUCGUUGAUGGUAAUUUGUCAACUGGCCACCGCCGUGAAAUUGACACCAGACGUUGUGGCGUCACUCACGAAAGUUGUUUUGAUGGUAUGUAUUUACCUGCUCCAUUAG